UUGCUCUGGAUGAUUAUCAAUGUUAUCCUCUUUGCUACUACUUAUGUCAACUAUAAUACAGACAAAAAGUACUUUUAUUUAAGAAAGUAUUUAAAAACGGCUGUAGCCUGGGCAAGAGGAAGUGCUGCUGUUUUGAACUUAAAUUGUGCCUUAAUUCUAUUACCAGUAUGUCGUAAUUUGUUAUCCUAUGCACGCGGAUCGUGUGAGUAUGCAAUAUGCAGUCGGCGAGUGCGUCGUCUAAUGGAUAAGAACAUUACUUUUCAUCGCUAUAUAGGCUACAUGAUCUGCUUAGCAACAGCUAUCCACGUAUAUGCUCAUUGCUUUAAUUUCCUGUACUUCCUUGUGAGCUACAAGGCGGGAGAUCCACUUUUAAAUACUUUGAAUCAACUUAAUACUUCCCUUAAUCCAAUUCGAUUUAGCAACGUAACACCUGGAAUAACUGGCAUAAUUAUUACUUUAGCCCUGAUAUUAAUGUAUGCCAGUUCCACUGAAGUUAUCAGGAGAUCCUAUUUUGAAAUCUUUUGGUAUGCCCACCACCUAUUUGUUAUAUUCUUCAUAGGCCUUUGCAUUCACGCCGUGAUUGGGGUAAUUAAAGUGCAAGUCAAUUUGGAUACUCAUGAUCCCGAUUACUGCUAUAAUAAACGUCCUUGGGGGCCGCCGAACAACUUAAAUUGCUCUAUCCCUAUUUUUAAAAGAACGAGUACACCACAGGUUUGGAAAUGGGUCAUUGGUCCAAUAGUUCUUUACAUUUUUGAAAGGAUCGUUAGAUUUGUGAGAAGUAAACAAAAAGUGGUUAUUUCUAAGGUGAUCAACCAUCCAUCGAAAGUACUGGAAAUUCAAAUGCAGAAACGAGGUUUUCAGUCCGUAGCCGGACAGUAUGUUUUCAUAAAUUGUCCGAGCAUUGCAAGAUUCGAAUGGCAUCCAUUUACUUUAACAUCAGCUCCAGGAGAUGAUUAUUUUAGCGUUCAUGUGCGUAUUGUAGGAGAUUGGACAGGUGCUUUAUUUGAAGCUUGUAAAGCAAAUGAAAAUAAGGUUCAAGAAGCUUGGAAGAUGCCUGACGUCUACAUCGAUGGACCAUUUGGAACCUGCAGUGAGGAUGUAUUCCUAUAUGAAGUUGCGAUCUGUAUUGGAGCUGGGAUUGGAGUAACACCUUUUGCUUCUAUCCUAAAAUCGCUUUGGUACAAACAGCGACAAUCCGACGCAGGUCCCUCAAAGACCAAGAAAGUUUAUUUCUUUUGGAUAUGUCCUGAUUCUAAUGCCUUCGAGUGGUUUGCGGAACUAUUGAAAUCGUUAGAACGUGAAAUGCUGAGUCAUGACUUGGGUGAUUUCCUAGAAUAUAACAUCUAUCUUACCCGUGGCUUAAGCGAUAAACAGACAAAGCAUAUAAUGCUACGCGAAACUGACAGUGAAGCUGUUGAUGCUAUUACUGGUCUUCAGCAAAAAACGCAUUAUGGUCGCCCUCGUUGGGAUCAAAUAUUUAGCGAUUUAGCUUCUACGCACUCGGGAUCCGAUCUUGGAGUAUUUUUUUGUGGGCCAAAAGCGUUAUCGUCAGUUCUGCACAAAGAAUGUAAUAAGAACACAAGUGCGAAUACUCGCUUCUUUUACAAUAAGGAGAACUUUUAA